GCAGAUGAUUUCGAGGUGUGAGUUGUUCAUUUUCGAUGAAUAUGAAUUCGUACACGGUACGGUAGGAAAACUGACUUUGAAUCGAAUCGAAGGCGAAACAAAAGCAAUCAAAAUUGAUGUCCAAGUCAGGAAAACGGCAAGAAAAAAAAGAUCGAUCACACUUCUAUAAUCUCAAGUGGUCUUAACAAAUCCAUCCAUCAGAGUCAUGAUGAUUUUUACACAAACAACUCUAUUCUUUACUCUAGCUCUGAGCUCCAUUGUUUCAGCAUUCYGCCCCGUCGCCACAUGGAAAGAAUCUACAAGAUCAAUAUCUGAGAAAAAUCAACGCCGUCGUUUCGAACCUUUGUACAGCGGGAAAGGCAUAGCGCCAACUUAUUCGUGGCUGGAAGAAUGCUUCGAAAUAGAAAUCAAUGUGAAAGUACCAAAAGAGACAAGAGCAAAAGACAUUUCUUUCAAAGCAAAAUCCAAUUCAAUUGAUUUGAGACUGAGAAAGACAUCCGACGAUAGUUCAGAGGAAGAAGAAAUAAUUCUACUGGACCCAAGCAGAAAAUUACGAGGGAGGAUUGUCUUAGACGGAACUUAUUGGAUAAUUUCAGAUCCCGAGGUCCUUGCGACCGAUGAAGAGAAGGAGGGAUCGGACGAUCCACAUCGAGUGGUCACAGUCACAAUCGAAAAGCAGAUUCGUACUCCAAAAGAUGAUUUUGAUGUCAUCGAAUACGAUUGGAAUGGAGUCUACGAGGAAGACGAAGACGAAGUUUCGUACCGAAAGUAUGACGAACCAGAAGAGCUGAAUGUUCGUGAAUAUGCUGCUAGUAUGGGUGUCGAUAUCGACAACAUUGAUAUGAACCUUGUCGAUAAGACCAUGUUCACUUCUGGUUUGAAUCUUACCCAAUCUACUUUCGACAGUAUGAAGGAAUCUGGCUUGAUGACAGAAGUUACAGAACAGACAGACGGGUCAGAAUGGAUUACUGAUAMGGAUGGAGAGCAGGUUCCAUUUUCUAGUAUGGGGGAUGGUGUGUCAAAAGAUGAGGUGAAAUCCGCGAAAAACCCAGCGCAGAUUCCAUUCCUUGAUACCUCUUCACCAUGGCACAAAACGGUGCCAGUAGAGAAAGCAAAAGAAGUGAAGGACAAAAUGAAGGUACCAUCAUCGAGUAGUACUUCGACCGACGAGAAGUCGAAAAGUUCAGGUGCAGAAGAAGUUCCGACAGAUGCCAAAGAUCCGAUUGAUACGUUGACGGUUGUAAAGUUGAAAGAAGUUUUGAAAGCGCGAGGACUUAAAGUCAGUGGAAAUAAACAAGAAUUACGGGAUCGACUGCGAGCCGAAGUUCAAUCGAUGCUCGAAAAGAACGACGACGCAGUCGAAUAAGUUAGCCAUCCGGUGGAAUUACUAAAUGUAGUAUCAAUGAAAACUUUCAUUGAGUUUAGUCGAGAGUUUCUUCUUGAAAAAUGUCAGUCUUCAAAGCUAUGUUAUUCUUCAGUUGUCAAUAAGCGACAUUCCUACUCCAUUUCUUCGGCAUUUUCUUCAAAAUUUUCUCAAGAUUUCUUGCAUCUCGAUCCUCAAUAKACUUGGGGACAAGGCUUCGGAAUAGUUCCCUGGGACUCGAUGUACGGACCUGGCCAAGGACGAAAUUGCAUACCUGUCCAGCUUGACAACAGUCUAGGAACAAAUCUUUUAUCAUAUC